AUUUUAUUUGCUGCUUAAGUAUAAAUUACAAUAACUGGGUCAACCAAGAAUCAUUGCAGUGACUGCCGCACAACAUGACAAGAACAUAAGAAAACGCAGCAUUUUCCACCGGCCUUUUGUUAUUUUUUUUUUUCGUUUUCGUGCUUGCACUGUGAGAACUCUUUGGGUGCAGAGGGAAACGUGUAACGAAUUGAUAUUAAAUAUUGAGAUACAUACAUAGAAAUAUUGAUGCAAGUGUGUGCGUGAGUGUGCUUAAAUGUUCAGUUACGAUUGACCAUCGGACUUGCAUCACAACUUGCACAGUUUAAACCAAAAAUGAAGUUCAAUUCGCACUUGUUGUUGUCGCUGUCUUUGUUGUCGUGGCUAUGGGCAGCAACCGGCAAUGAUGCCUUCAACUUCAGCUCCAUCGCAAAGGUUCGUUUACGCCGUGCCACCAUUGACAUGGGUGUGGACAAUAGGCAGCUGGACAGCAUUAUUGAUUUGGCUGAGUGCCAGGAUUUGCGCAAAGAUUGCACACACCAGAAGACCACCGACAAUUUGGCCAUGCUCGAGUGUGCCUUGAGUUUGACCUCCAGCCAGUUGAAGGCGCUGCCGGAGCCAUGCCAGCAUGCACUAUGGCAGCAGCAGCGUCAAUUGCAGUCAAGCCAUUGGGUGGAGCACACACUGCUGCCCAGCUAUUGUGCCAGCGAGCAGGUGAAGUUGUCUGGGUGCCUCAACUCCAUCGAUCUGUGGAGCUGCCUCGAGGAUAAUCGUCAGCAAAUGCCAAAGGGCAACAGCUGCCGGCAGCAGCUGCGACGGGUGCACGAGAUGCUUGGCGAGGACUAUGCCAGCAUUGGGGAAUUCUAUGCGGUAUGUGGCAACUUGGUCGAGCAACAUAAAUGCGGACGCAUGAAUGUGGAUCAUUUGCCAGCGCUGCUCUCCCAAUUGGGCACAGCCCAAUGUCUAAAGGCACAGGCGAUGUUCAACCAAAAAGCGCCCAUCGAGAUGAGCUGCAAGGUGGCCAUCAAUACCAUCGAGCAGCAACGUGGCAUGCUGGAGUUGUUUCGAGUUUGUUCCAACGAUUUGAUAGCGGUCUGUCCACAAGAACGCAUGGGCACGGCAGCUGCCUACAAGUGUCUGGUGCGGCACAAGAGCGAUCCGAAGCUGAGCAGCCAGUGUGCGGCGCAGAUAACGAGCCGGGAUCAGCAAUUGGGACGCGAUUAUCGAGUGUCGCAUGGCCUGGCCAAGGCGUGCAAGGAUGACAUCAAACUACAUCACUGCCGACGCGGCGUCUCCGAGGAUAAACAGGUGCGAUUGGCGCAAAUUUUGUUGUGCCUCGAGUCCGUCUCGAAGAACGGCACCAAAUUGGCGUCUGAAUGCCUCGUGGAGCUAAAUGAUCAUCGUCGCAUGCUGAUGACCGACUAUCAACUAUCGCCGGAAUUGCUCAGCGAUUGUGCCGAUGACAUACCCAAAUUCUGUCCGGAUGAGGCACAGCUAGUAAAUGGCCAAUCGAGCACUGGUGGCGAAAUUAUCCACUGUCUGAUGAAGCAUGCGCGUGGACGGCGGCCGCAGCGUCGGAUAACGGCGCAAUGCCAACGUGGUCUCGAGACCCUCAUCAAGGUGAGCGAUGCCGGCGAGGAUUGGCGUGUUGAUCCUGUGCUGAGGCGUGCCUGCAAAAAGGUCGUCGACGUCGCCUGCAAGGAUGUCGAGGGGGGCGAGGCGCGCGUUAUGAGCUGCUUAAUGGAACGCAUUGGAACGGCCGUGAUGCGGCCGGAGUGUGAGCAGGCGCUGCUGAUUAUCGAAUAUUUUGUGGCGCGCGACUUCAAGCUGGAUCCGCAGCUGUACAAACAUUGUCGCGACGAUGCCGUCAAAUAUUGUAGCGCCAAGCGACAAUGGGACGAUGUACAGGAUGUGCAAAUGGAUCCGGAGCGUGGUCCCAUGAUACUGCCCUGUCUGCAUCGCAUGGCCUACAGCGAGGAUGAGCAGCAAACGUUGCGCAAGGACUGCUUUCGCGAGGUGAAGCGUGUGAUGCGUCAACGUGCCAUCUCCGUGGAUCUGAUGCCCGAGGUGGAAGAUUAUUGUCUGUCCGAUUUGUCGCAAUACUGCGGCGAUCUAACCACGAAGGGCACCGAAAUGGAGUGCCUGCAAAAUCGAUUGGAUGAACUGCAGCCCGAAUGCAAAGCGGUGGUAACCAAAUAUACCGAGGAGGAGGCAGCCAACAUUGAACUCAAUCCGGUUAUAAUGUCGACUUGCUCGGAGGCAAUGCAACAGCACUGCUCCGAUAUACUCAAAGCGGGCAAGGACAAUGGCAACAUGAUGGAUUGCCUGAUCAAGCACAAGAACGAUGCUGAUUUAAACAAAGGUUGUCGCGCCGCCAUCGAACAUUUUCAGAUCAUUUCGCUGAAGAGCUAUCAUUUCACCACCAAAUUCAAGGAGGCGUGCCGGCCGCAUGUGUCGCGCUUCUGUGCGGCAAGCGCCACCAAGAACGAGGUGGUUGCCUGCCUCAGUGAGGUCAUGCGCAACGAUACCAUACGCAGCCAGCGUCCGCAGAUACCAAAGGAAUGCAGACAGCAGGUCAAGUCGCAGCUAUAUCAGCAGCGCGAGAGUAUAUUACUGGAUCCCAAAUUGGGCACUGCCUGCAAGAGUGAAUUGAAGCAGUUUUGUGCGGAAGCGAAGGGUCCCGGCCAGGCUUUGGAGUGUUUGAUCCAGAGGACAUCGGAGCUGGGCAAGGCGUGUCAUCAUGCCAUCUUUAUGAUCAAGAGAUCGGAACUGGGUGACAGCGGCACCGAUUACACACUGCUCAACACCUGCAAGGAGAUGGUCUACAAGUUCUGCCCAAACACUGAAUCGAUGCAACUAUUGGAUUGCCUCAAGACCUACAAGGAUGACCCAAACUUUGACGAGCGCUGCCACUUUGUCGUCGUCAAUCGAAUGAUCGAACAAAAUACGGACUUUCGUUUCAAUCCGUCGCUCCAAAAUGCCUGUGGCAAGAGCAUCAAUCUCUACUGCUCGAAAAUUGUGAACACAGCGCAGCCAAAUGAGGAACUCAAUGGCAAGGUUAUCAAAUGCUUAAAGGACAAAUUCCGGCAAUCGAAACUGGAUAAUAAAUGCGCUCAGGAAAUGAUCAAAAUACUGCAGGAGCAGGCAUUAAACUACAAACUGAAUCCGGUGCUGCAGCAUUUUUGCAAAUUUGAGAUACAGCAAUUAUGUAAAACGCACAUGAAUGCCGAUGAGCAUGGCGAGGUGGAGGAAUGCCUCAAGGCUGCUUUUCUGCGGAAACAGCUCAUCAAUCGCGAGUGCCAGCUGGAGGUGGCCUCUCUAAUAGCCGAGGCCAAGGCGGAUAUACAUGUUGAUCCCAUACUGGAAACGGCCUGCACUGUGGAUUUAUUGCGUUACUGCUCCAAAGUCAUGAGCGGUGAUGGACGAAAACUGGGUUGUUUGCGAACUCUGCUGCGUCAGACGCCCAAGUCACUGGAGGCGGACUGUCGCGAGAAGCUGGAGCGGCGCAUCGAAAUGUUUCGCAAUGCGGAUGAUACGCUGGCUCAGCCGCCGGAGGAUAUGCAGCAGUUGGUGCAACAGGUGGUCACAUCGCCGGCACGUAAAUUCUUCCUUGUGAUAUUGAUGAGUGUGACGGGCUUGGUCUUUCUCACUGGCAUCCUGCUGGGACGCGCCACCAAACGUGCAAUGGGCUUAAAGAAUAAAUAAUACACAAGCGGACUGUAGAUGAUAUUAAUAAUCUAACGAUAGCUGAUCUGUAGUUGUGUACAUCAAAUGUGUUUGUGUGUGUCUGUAGUUUGCAUCGAUGUGUGUGUGCAUAUGUGUGUGUCUGUUUUGUGCUUCCCUCGUUUCGUGUUUCCAUUUUUUUACCUUAUUCUAAUGCAAUCAGCUAUUUUUUGAGAGCAAUUUGUGGCUUAAUCGAUUGUAAGACCAAAAAUCAAAAAUAACAAAGUGUAAUUAAUUUCACAGAAAAAAGAGAAAAACACCUUAGUAAAUAAGUAAUUGUAUGUUUUUUAUAUUUUUGUCGGAUGAUUUCAAUUGUAAAAACAAUGUAUUUUUAUAAAUCACAAUAAAAAUUGAAUAUUUUUUAAAA